CCCAAAAGCCUUUGCUCAAAAUGGAUCAGAGCUCCUCAAACGACUCAAACUUAGAAUCAAUCAUUAGCUCAGUCAAUUCAGUCAAAAAGCACACGUUCAAAAAUAGAGUCCUCAGUAGGGACAGCAGCUUUAGCCUGGAGCAUGACCUUGGCAUAACCCCGUCCAGGAGCAACACGAGUUGUAAUCAAGGCAAUGGCCCUAGGAACCUUCAUGAUGAAGAAGUCUAUUCGACAUUUGAGACUUAUUUUCACUUAAAAUAAAUCUCUACUCAUGAUCGCCUGUGAACUUGAGCAUCUCGAAAUGUGCAAGAACAUCAUUGAACUCGUUAUCGAAGGCAUUGACAAGCAGGAAGAUACCUUAACAGAGUAUCUCAGGAAAGACCACAUCUGGGGUAAUCAGUCUAGAAGUGAGAUCCUUAAUGAGUAUGUUAACCGCAAAGACGAUUUCGGAUCUGCUCCACUACACCUGGCUUCUUUCAAGGGAAACCUCAAAUUAGUCAAACUUUUAUGUGCCAAUGGAGCUGAUCCCUUCCUCAUUACGGACGAGGGCCUGACUGUCCUCCAUUCUGCAGCUGAAGGCGACGCUGUCAAUGUAAUCUAUUAUUUUAUCAAUAAUUAUGGAAUGGAUAUUGACAAAACAGAUGGGAAUGGGCUAACACCUCUUCACUGGUCUGUAGUAGAUGGCAACGAGAUCUCAGCAACAUAUCUCCUCUCAUGGGGAUCUGAGAUAAACCGUCCUGAUAAUUUUGGCAACACCCCCUUACAUCUGAGCGUUCACCAUGCUGAGAAUGAGCUGAAUACUCGAUUAACCAAAAUUUUGUUGCUUCGAGGAGCCUCGCGAGAUACUAUUAAUAACGACAACCAGAAGCCGAUUGACCUAAUAACCAACUCAGAGAUCACCCAGGAUCUUAUAAAGAUUUUAAAAUAAGCCACGAUACUGCAGUUGAAUGCUCAUCAGGAUGCCUUUACAAAAACUUGAGAAGAACUACAAAACUCUAAUAACUUUUUUGGUACUUAUCCUGAUCGAGGCCAUUAUUGCAGGAGUGUUUGCCCUACCAAUGCUAGAUUCAGAGUUUCACACUAUUUUCUUCAUAGUCCUCCACUGUUUGGUCAUGCUAAACUUUGCUGCAGCGUCGAUCCUAGACCCAGGGUUCCUGAAGUCGAAGUAUGAGUUCCAGAGCUUACUUAACAAGAUAGAUCCAGUGUAUCUCUGACCUGACUGAAAUGUCAUCAGGACUCCUAAUUCUCGACACUGUGGCUUAUGAAAUCACUGAGUGGAGAAGUUCGACCACCACUGCCCAUAUCUGAAUAACUGAAUAGGAUAUAGGAACCAUCUUCCGUUUGUCCUCUUUCUCCUUUUUUUGAUGGGACUGCUAGUUGAGCUGUUUGUGAUCCUCUCACUUAACUUUAAAAAUGACUUCAAUGACCAUCCGUGGACUGUCAUGCAGAAAAAUUCAUUUAACAAAAUCUUUGUGGCUCUCGCAGUCCUGGUUUACUCCUUUGGAGGCUUCUUCCUGAUUUUUGUAUUCCUGCUAUUCAUCACCCAUGCAUCUAAAUUAUUUUGAUAUCGACAGAAGGCUAAAUUCCAAUUUGAACGCAUCGAGGAAAGGUCUGGUGCAAAUGUACAUUCUCCUGAUGCUAGGCCUAAUUCUGAAAAGAUAUCUUUUGCUAAAAUCUUUGCAUCAGAAAUCCUAGUCGCAACUGAUGGAGGCACAGAAAAUGAAAUUCCUAAAAUCCGGAAAUACAGGACCACAAAUGAUUCCAUCAUCGAAGAAAUAGAGAAGGAAGGGCUCCUUGAGGCAAAUUAUGUUGGAGAAAUGGAGUAUUCCCCCAACAAAGCUAGGACUCAAAAAAGCUACUUCAGAGGCCUUAUCUCUCGGUUCUGGUACAAGCCACCUAGCCAAGGACAGGCAUGCAAGCUUGUGAUGCGACAGAUGAUGAGAGAUAAGCUCGAGUAAAUUUUUAGAUAAUAUGUGAGGAAUCAGCUGUUCAAUAUCA